AUGAGCGACCGAAAGGAAUGGCAACAUUCCUAUCAGCCGAUGAACUAUAACGACUAUUAUUCUUAUGGCUCGAAUAGCCAAUCCAUCGACCAAAACUAUGGGCAGUAUAGUUUUACCCAUCAAGGCGGGCCUAACAACCAAUAUGGCUCAAGUAGUCAGUUUGGCGGCCAAUAUGGUGGGCACAACUAUGUUGGGGAAUAUGAUGUUAUGAACCAAAAUGGUUCGAAUGAUCAAAAUGGCUUUGACGGCCAAUACGAUUCUACAUAUCAAUAUGGUUCUGGUAGCCAAUUCAAUGGCCAACAUGGCGGAAACAAUAAUCAUGGCCAAAAUAAUAUAAUAUAUCAAAAUUAUGCGAAUGGCCAACAUGGUUAUAAUGGCCAGUACAAUCAAGUGGCCGGAGGACAAAAUAAUUCGGUCAAUAUUUAUAAUCAGCCUAGUUACGGCCUCCACCAAGCUAAUCAGAUUUUUGGCUGUAACGACCAAAAUAAUAUUAACAUAGGUGAAAGGUCAUAUGUUGACCGUAUGGACAAAGAACAUCAAAAUUUCAUAAAGGAAAUAUCCGAAGUGAAAGAUAUGAUGGAUGAGUUUCAUGCUUCCAACGAACUUUUGUUCCAAGGUUUGCGUGAAGUCACCUCGCGACUUGUAGUAGAAGAGCAAGCUCUUAGUCACAAUCUUAAAUCUCAGCCACAGCAAGAAAACCAUCAAGUGACUACAAUACGGUCACUCAUUCUACCUACCUAUGUGGAGGAAAAUGAGGUUGACCGACAAUAUUUAAAGGAAAAGGAUGUGGAUGAAUCGGCCUUGGAAUUCAGUACUCCGACCCAUUUACCUUUUGAAAACCUCACAUUGGUUGAAAAAGGGAAAAGUAUUGGUAUGGUUGCAGUCCGGCCACCUGUUUCACCAACUUUCCCAGAGGAAAAUGAAGUCAAUCAAGAAUAUGUGAAUGAGAGAAAAGUGGACGAGUCGGCCUUAGAGUUGAAAACUCAAAUUGACUUUCCUAUUGAAACUCUCACGUUGGUUGAGGAAGAAAAAUCCACCCAAGAGAAUGCGGUCCAACAAGCGGUCGAGGUUGGACACCAAAAUAUGGCCCAACUUGAUACAUCCAUUCUUGAAAUUAAUGAUCAACAUGAUCAAAAAGAGAAAUGUCUGAAUAAGACCCAACCUGAAGCAGUCAUAAUAGACAUGGUUGUAGGGGACCAAUCAGAUGUGACUAGACUACAAUUAGAAAUGGUCGACUUUAUCAAACCCCAACAGAAGGCCAAGUCCAGCCAAUCAAGAGGACUUGGGGGGCAAGGAAAUUCGGCCAGCAUAAAAGGAAAAAAUGGUUAUGGUGAUAUCAAGGUGACUUGCACACCAAUUUACAGCUUGCGCAAUCGUGAAAUCCAUGCAGAAAAUAAGAAGGGCUCACAACGUGGAAUUAAACAUGGAUGGCCACCCCCUUGGUCUCCAUAA